CGUGAUAUUCUCGGUGAAAAGGGUAAAAACAUCAAAAUUAUAUCGAAGAUCGAAAAUCAACAGGGUAUAACGAAUCUUGAUGAGAUUAUCGAUGCAUCCGAUGGUAUCAUGGUAGCACGUGGUGACUUGGGAAUAGAAAUACCACCGCAGAAGGUAUUCCUGGCACAGAAGCGUAUGAUUAGCAGAUGUAACAAAGUUGGCAAACCAGUAAUUUGUGCUACGCAAAUGUUGGAGUCUAUGAUAAAAAAACCACGUGCUACGAGAGCCGAAACUUCAGAUGUUGCUAAUGCCAUUCUCGAUGGUGCUGAUUGUGUUAUGUUGUCAG